UGCACAUUGAUUUUGCUGACUCAGCGGAAAGUUAGCGCCGGCGGCAGAGCGCACGACCUCAAACCCACAACACACAAACAGACAUGGGCGACGAUGGACCGCGGCCUGCGCUGUACCUGUCACGGGCCAAGAUGGCCAAGUUGGAGCAGACCAUCGACUUCUCCGUACCGCCACAAACCGCAGAGGAGUACAUCCUCCACGUGAGACGAGCAACGGCUGCUAUGCCAAAGGUGGUGGUGGCAGCGUCCAUUUCAUCCAUGACACGGACAGCCGGAGCUGUGUCGAUGGAGAACCCGCACGGGAUGGCACACGUCGUAGAUCAAGCAGCGACCGAAUCGCCUGCAGGCAUCGAGGUGUCCAAACCACAACAGCAAGGACCACCAACACAUCAUCAAAGCGAACAAGGCGAACAAGGCGAACGAUUGCCAUUGGCCGAAAACCUACACCAACAACAACACCACCAACACAAACACCAUCAACACCAACACCAACACCAACAACCACCACAGGACACGCCACCGAGCGGGCGCAGCAGAAGAAAGCGGAGACACAACACCGUCAUGCCUCCGCGAACACCAAAGACACCGAAGGUGCACGCUGUGCCUGCGUGGGAAGACCAGCAGCUCUCUGCGUUUGAGGAGCUGCAUCUCCGCUGUGCAGAGCUGCGAGAGCGCAUACAAGACGGGACCCUGCACCUUGAGCCGUCCGACGUACCUCAGUCGAAGGUGCUGACAACAGAGCAAUGUCGGGCACUGUGCUUUGAGCUGACACCCGAAACCUCCCCGCGCGCACCAUCUGCUGGUGUGUUGGCGCGGUUAUCACAUGCACACACGCAGCAGCUGCUCAAGCACUUGGUGGAGGACCUACGCGAACAACCAACGCACCAUCUGCUGCAAUGGAUCUAUGCCACGCUUGCGUUCUUUGAUGCGGAUCUCAUGAACUCCGAAGACCACGCAACCAUUCGCCGCUUGUGCAGGGUGUGCUUCUAUCUCUACUCUGCAGGGCAGGAUGAUUUGGCGGCAACAACAGCGCUGCCAGAGCAAGGGUCCAUCGAGGCUGGCCUCUGCCUUGUUCUCACCAUUGCCAUCGUUCACUUUAAGCAAACGGACUUUGAGCCCCUUCUCUAGCUCGCAAGCAAGCUGCCUUGGCUUGUACAAGACGAAACUUGCGCCGACGACUCUAAGACUCUAGUUCCUUCCCGGCAUGUAACCUACCGAUCACCUUCGAUCCUCGAUUACUUCGUACAACUCCAUGGCGCGCGCGCACACACACACACACACACACACACACACACACACACACACACACACACACACACACACACACACACACACACACACACAACAGAAAGUUAUCGGAUAGCGUGAAUAAACUUCUCAUCGC